AUGUCAACCACACAACCCUUCACAUUCCCAAAAUACUACAGCUACCCGCCCUUCUUCACCCGCCAACCAACCUUAACAUCCUACCACGCACAGCUCCAAAAAUGGUCCUCCCUCAUCCUGUCCUACUGCCGCCAUCACCGGCUCUUCAAGCUCUCCAUCAUCGACGCGCUUGAUAGUAACUUAUUUAAUAAUAAGACACUUGGGAGGAGACUGAGAGAGGUGAAUGUGCGGGAGGUGCUCGAGUAUAUGCGGAAGGAAGGACGGGUGGAGUGGGUUGGGAAAGGGACGGAGGGGAAUGAGGUUUGGGUUUGGUGGAGGAAUCCGGAGGAGUGGGCGACGGCUGUUUAUGAGUGGGUUGAUGAAACGGCGCAGAAGAAUACGGUGUUGACGCUGUAUGAGUUGACGGAGAGUGAGGCUACGUUGUCGCAAGGUAUGAUUGAUCGUUGUGGUGGGGUACAAAUCGCUGACUGGGGAUAG